AUGGCCUCCGAGACCGGGGACAUCGGCGUCAUCACGCGCAGAGCCUACGCGCGCGUCGGCCUCCUCGGGAACCCCUCGGACGGGUACGGCGGCAAGUGCGUCUCGCUCGCGAUCGAGAACUACCACGCGGAGGUGAGGCUGACGCCGAACCAGCAGCCGUUCAGCCCGCGAAUAUGCAUCGAACCGGGGCCGCACGACGUGAGCAACUUCGACUGCCUCAAAUCGCUCGCGACGCGCACGAAGGCGCACGGGUACUACGGCGGCGUGCGGCUGCUGCGCGCGCUGUGUUACAAGUUCCACGAGCACUGCGACGCGAACGGACUGACGCUUCACGGGCGCGGGUUCACGCUGGAUUACAAAACCAACAUCCCCAAGCAGACGGGCAUGAGCGGCAGCUCCGCGCUCAUCGUCGCCGCGCUCAACUGCCUCACGACGCACUACGACGUCGACAUACCGCUGGACGACAGACCUACGCUCGCGCUGUCCGCGGAGAGAGACUUGGGGAUCACCGCGGGGUUGCAGGACCGCGUCGCGCAGGUGUACGAGGGCGUCGUGUACAUGGACUUCGCCGAAGAGGCGCGUUCUAUACGCUGGUCCCCAUACGACCGCGCGCGCGUCGGGCGAGGAACGUACGAACGCCUCGACGCCGCGGCGCUGCCGCCGUUAUACCUCGUGUGGUGCGACAACCCGAGCGACAGCGGGAAGGUGCACUCGGACGUUCGAAGGCGGUGGGACGAGGGCGACGCGCUCGUGCGAGAGACGAUGCGCGAGGUCGCGGGGUACGCGGAGACGGGCGCGGACGCGUUGAGGCGCGGCGUCGACGUCGUCGAGACGCUCGGCGCGCUGAUGGACGCCAACUUUGGCGCGUCCUCCCGCGCCGACGCGCGACGGAAAAUGUUCGGCGACGCCGCGCUCGGCGCCGUCAACGUCGACAUGAUCGAGACCGCGCGCGGGGUGGGCGCGCGCGCGAAGUUCACCGGCUCCGGCGGCGCGAUCGUGGCGAUGUGCCCGGACGGGGAGGAGCAAGCGGAGCGGCUGAAGUCGGCGUGCGCGGGGAAGGGGUACGUCGUCGAGAGAGUCGUCGUCCGCGAGCCGCGCGCGCGGAGCGCGCGAGCGCGCGAGUCGUUCGAGAGAGCGCGCGAGUCAUUUAGGGUAGGUAACGUUUAG